CGCGCAGCGAAAGGAACAAUCCAGAAGCUGAAAAGGGUGAGAAAGAAGGGGUGAUUCGUUCUUCGGUUCGUCGGCGGGAAGAUGAUCGAGGUGGUGCUGAACGACCGGCUGGGGAAGAAGGUUCGGGUGAAAUGCAACGAGGACGACACGAUCGGCGACCUGAAGAAGCUGGUGGCGGCACAGACGGGGACCCGGCCGGACAAGAUCCGGAUCCAGAAGUGGUACACCGUCUACAAGGAUCACAUCACCCUCCAGGACUACGAGAUCCACGACGGCAUGGGUCUCGAGCUCUACUACAACUAAAGUACGCAUUGUUCGUUUCCUUCUCUCUCUCUCUUUCUUCUCUUCCCCUGGUUAUUUGAUUGUGUGGGCGUAGUAAUUGAGGUCUCUGUCAUCGCCAAUCCAUGGCGGCGACCUGACGAACAACUGAAUUGGAUGGUUCUGCCUGUUGUUGAAACCUUGUUGCAAUGCAGUGAUCUUUCCCUCUUGUGUUUAAUUGCUGUUUCGGAAUGAAAAAUAAGCGUUAUACUUGGAAAUCUCUGUUGUGAUGAACAGUGAUUUUUCGUUUCUGACACGUGAUUUUGAUUAGCAUGAACUAAGAAAGGGAAUGGGUAGCCCUUUAUAAUCCAUGCUGUUACAAAACAUGAACACCAAAUGGUAAUGUUAGAGCCCGAAUCAGCUACCCCUUGUUAUAUAUGUAUGAUUGUGUGUUCUGAACUUCAUAGGAUGACAGUAGGGGGUAUGAAUUUUGCAGCUCUCUGGUACAUAUGAAUUCUGGGAUAUAUGAACAAUGAAAUUAUCUUCAUUGCAGAGCUCUGCUGGUACAUUCAGGAGAUCAGGACCACUACAGUGAUGAAAUUCAGCAUUACCCCUAUUUUAUUUUUACUAACCAGCAGUCUGUUGAUGCUGUUGGAGUACAUUGUAGAGCAGUACUUGUGGGCAGUGCACAAGUUUUUUUGUUUUUGUUGUUGCUCUGAUGUCAUCUCCAUUUGACUGACAGAAUGAGUGAAGGCAGUCAUUUUAGCAGCACACAGUUUUCCUCCAUCAAUUUCAAUUCAUUUUGUCUUUGUACAUGUGAUUGGAUCACAUUGCCCAAAUUUGGUGCCUGUGUCUCUUUGUCACAUGGAUGGAUCUGGAACUUGCUCCAUGUAAAGAAAGAAAGAAAGAUAGAAAGCUGCUUCUUUGAAGUGGUCCUUCCUUUUCCUUGUACUGCCUGAAAUUUCUGUUUCCAUUCCACCCUGCGGGCUGAAAAGGACGAAACUGAGUUAGAAUCCAAAAGUGGGGAAAGGAUAUACUGUGUGUGUACUGGAUAUCAGCAGCAUUAAUGGUUUAGCUUUAACACUGACAUCAGGCAUUCAGGUCUUGCGAUGACAUAGCAGAAUGGCCUGGCCCAGCUCCUGAGCUCCAUGUCAGCAUGUACAGCCCAACCCAACCCAUAUCUUCUGGCUUCCCUGAGAAAGUGUACAGGAAAACAGAUAAGAUAAUUUGAGCUAGUAGGCCUAGUUUUUUUAAUCCAGCCAACUUAGAAUUCUAUUUCUCAAAUGAGAUCAUGGAUAGCUGCAAACAAUCCAUCUUUCUUUGGGUUCAUUGAUAACAUUGUUUUUGCUGAAAUACACAACAAGUGCUAGCUACAAAUAGGGUUAGGGGAAGAGAAAGUCUUCAUACAACACAGAAUUCAUUGUCUUGUUCCAUCUCCUCGUGACUGCAGUAUGUGUUCAAUAACUUCAAUCCUUAUCCUUUGCGGAUUCCCUUUGGUCCAUAUCAUUUAAAUGACACUAUUGUGAUAUAUUUCUGCACUACGACUUCACUUUCACUUUGUAAUCUGCCAACCACCUUCCCCGUCAAUUUAAUGAAACCAUAUGUCUUGGCUAGAGAGGAGGAACUCAAUCCCUGGCCCAACAAUUAAACACCUAAAGGGGAACUUAUAGGUCUUCAAUCACACUCAUUGUUAUAUAUUGUUUAGAAUGAAUGAAUGAAUGAGAU